AUGGUCCUGGUAGAUGGCGUGGGAACGGCGUUUUUCCUACGAGCUACGUUUGAACUCGCUCCACUGGAAUACGUGCCGGUCCCUUCAGCAGCCUAUUCAUUCGCUUUAACUGAAUGGGCUGGCGAGAAGUCCUCAUUGAUCUUCUACCCCACAACUGAACUCAGUUUAGCUUACGAAGAAGUUGGAGGCGGUCGCCAUCUCAUCAAUGCUCCAAUGACCUCUCUUCUAAUAGGAGCGAACGCACUCGUUCUCCUCAUCGUUACAACUGCUCUGAUCACUUGCAAAAGAAUCGCCAAGUCGGCGAAGUCUCUCAGAGAGCGGGAGGCAGCUGGAAAAUCGUCCCGUUCACUUGACAGCUCAACAAGAAUGCCAGAAGAAGAUAGCAUUGUGGAGUCUACUCAGAAGGAAGACUUAUCACCUGGUGAUUCCUUGCGAUUGCCUAUGAAUAUGAAGAAAAAGGCGCAAAUGAAUGUCAAGAAGACUAGGAUUGAAUCUGGAUCCUCCACUGAUGUGAUUGUGGUUCCGCUUGGAAAGGCCCAAAACGCAGUGGUAACUCGAAACAAUAUGACAAAGCCAGAGAGACGAAAACGUGACCAAAGUAGGACAUCCAGAAGAGAUUCUCAGAAGAAGGUGAAAUUUCGAGAAGGAAACCGGAAACGUAUGACCGGAAAAACGGCACUAGUAAUGAAACCUGCUAGCAUUGAUGAACGAAGCGAAAGCAGAGAGGAAAAUGCAUCGGAGAAAUCUUGGAAGAUCUAA